UUCACUUCUCAGUAAGUGAAACUCAGACAGUCAUUGUUACUGAGAGCUGAAAUGGCGCAGCAAGGAGCUCAGCUGGACGGAGCUAAAUUCUGCUGUUCGAUCUGUUUGGAUCUACUGAAGGAUCCGGUGACUAUUCCCUGUGGACACAGCUACUGCAUGAGCUGUAUUAACAACUUCUGGGAUGAAGAGGAUAAGAAGGGAAUCUACAGCUGUCCUCAGUGCAGACAGACCUUCACACCGAGGCCUGUCCUGGUAAAAAACACCAUGUUAGCAGAUAUAGUGGAGGAGCUGAAGAAGAUUGGACUCCAAGCUGCUGCUGCUGAUCUCUGCUAUGCUGGACCUGAAGAUGUGGCCUGUGAUGUCUGCACUGGGAGGAAGCUGAAAGCCUUCAAGUCCUGUCUGGUGUGCCUCGUCUCAUAUUGCGAAAAGCACCUCCAGCCUCAUUACGAAUCAACAAAAUUUAAAAAACACAAGCUGGUCGACCCCUCAGAGAAGCUCCAGGAGAACAUCUGCUCUCGUCAUGAUGAGGUGAUGAAGAUAUUCUGCCGUACAGAUAAGAAGUGUAUCUGUUAUCUGUGCACUAUGGAGGAUCAUAAAGGCCACGACACAGUCACAGCUGCAGCAGAAAUAGCUGAGAGGCAGAGAGAGCUCGAGGUGAGUCGACUAAACAUCCAGCAGAGAAUCCAGGACAGAGAGAAAGAUGUGAAGCUGCUUCAACAGGAGGUGGAGGCCGUCAGUCUCUCUGCUGAUAAAGCAGUGGAGGACAGUGAGAAGAUCGUCACUGAGCUGAUCCGUCUCCUCCAGAAAAGAAGCUCUGAUGUGAAGCAGCAGAUCAGAUCCCAGCAGGAAACUGAAGUGAGUCGAGUCAAAGAGCUUCAGGAGAAGCUGCAGCAGGAGAUCACUGAGCUGAAGAGGAAAGACGCUGAACUGAAGCAGCUCUCACACACAGAGGAUCACAACCAGUUUCUACACAACUACCCCUCAGUGUCACAACUCAGUGAACCUACAGACUCAUCCAGCAUCGAUAUCCGUCCUCUGAGAUACUUUGAGGAUGUGACAGCAGCUGUGUCAGAGCUCAGAGAUAAACUACAGGACAUCCUGAAGGAGGAAUGGACAAACAUCUCACUGACAGUCACUGAAGUGGACGUUUUACUGUCAGAUUCAAAAUCAGAGCCCAAGACCAGAGCUGAGUUCUUGAGAUAUUCACAUGAAAUCACUCUGGACCCAAACACAGCACACAAAAAGCUGUUAUUAUCUGAGGGGAACAGAAAAGUAGAAUAUACGAGUCAAAAACAGUCUUAUUCUAGUCAUCCAGACAGAUUCACUGAUAAGGAUCAGGUCCUGAGUAGACAAAGUCUGACUGGACGUUGUUACUGGGAGGUGGAGUGGAGCGGGACAACAGUUUGUGUAGCAGUCGCAUACAAGAAUAUCAGCAGAGCAGGAAACUCAAAUGAAUGUGGAUUUGGACACAAUGACAAAUCUUGGGCUUUAUAUUGGUACAAUAACAUUUAUAAAUUCUGGUUCAACAACAUCUCAACUCCCGUCUCAGGUCCUGGUUCCUCCAGAGUCGGAGUGUACCUGGAUCACAGAGCAGGUAUUCUGUCCUUCUACAGCGUCUCUGAAACCAUGACUCUCCUCCACAGAGUCCAGACCACAUUCACUCAGCCUCUCUAUGCUGGAGUUAGGCAUUAUAGUAUAUUAUAUAGUAAUUAUGGAAACACAGCUGAGUUGUGUAAACUCAAAUAGUCAGAAGUCAUUUGAGGGACAGUCAGUUAUUGUGUCUCUGUCAUUGUUGCUGAGAGCUCUUUGCUGAGGUGUUUCUGUGCUGCACAGAGAUCAGCUGUCAAUCAAGUUCAAUGGACAACUUCAACAUCUUCUCAUCUGUUGUUAUGUUACGUAAAUAUUUGAGUUUCUUUAUGUGAUGCUCUUUCUUGCUUGUGUGUUUCAGCAGAGAGGCUAUCACUGCUCAUCAUGAUUUUCUUCAUAUAUAUAAACACAAACUUGCAUUUCUCAACAUGGAAACUGAAACUUUGUGCUCUUGUUUCUUUUCCAUCUCAUCGGUCUUAACAGAGAAAAAUCAGACCUUCCUUUAUCAAACAUAUUUUGCUCUCAUGACUUUGUAAAUCAGUAAAGAAAUGUAUUGUUGCAUUUACAUUCAUAGUUAUGCAUGUUGUCCAAUAUCACAAAUCAGGUGUUAUUAAGUGUUAUAAAACUAUAAUUAUCAUGAUAAUAAUCAAUAAGUAGAUCAUUUAUUAAGUUCUUGUACAUAGCUGACAUUCUGUGAUUGAUUGUCUGGUUGAAAUGAAUCUGAACAUGAAAUCAUUGAACAAGAGUCAUUUAACAGACUUUACUGAUUGGAUGUGUGAACAAACUGAAGCUUUACACAAUAAAUAAAGUAUAAUAAUUCAA